UUUCGUGACCCGGAAGUGUUUCUUUAAUGUCGCUCACAAGACGCUGAUUGAUGACGCUGAUGCACAUGGAUAUUGCAGUAUGAGGACCGGUUUUACAGCACUGAAAAAAGUCAAGAUAAAUUCAGAUGCCAACAUGGAUAUUGUAGAAGCACAAGAAAUAAAGGGUACAUUCACGAAAAAGAAGAACAAAAAGCAAAAGAAACAGCCAACGCCACCACUUACAAGGAGUGACGAUAGCAUGGUUAAAGAAACAGAGACCGAACAUGUGGAUAUGCUAGGAGAAUCUGCGUUUCCACCCGAAUUCAGGGUGUCUGAAAUAAAAAAUAAACAACGCAGACAUCUCAUGUUCAUGAAACUGAAGCUUGAGAAACGAAAGCAGAGGAUGGCAAUGAAGAAGAAAAAGAAAAAAGAGAGGGAUGCGCUAGGUGACAAGGCUCCACCAAAGAAUGUUCCAAAAACGAUAGAGAACCAGAGGAUAUACGACGAAACAACAGUGAACCCUGAAGAUGAAGAGGUUGCCUUUGAUGAGGGAACUGAUGAGUUUUCGGCCUAUUUUAACCGGCUGACCCACCCCAAAGUCCUCAUCACUACAUCGGACAGACCUAGAGGGAGGACUGUGAGGUUCUGCAGGCAACUAGCAACGGUCAUACCGGAUGCACAUGUGUACUACAGAAAAGGCUUGGCACUAAAAAAGAUUAUUCCUCAGUGUGUAGCUAGAGGUUUCACAUACCUCAUGGUCAUCAAUGAAGAUCGUAAGGUGCCCAAUGGCAUGGUUCUCUGCCACCUUCCCGACGGGCCUACUGCACACUUCAAAGUCAGCAGCGUACGACUGCGCAAGGAGAUGAAGAGGCGAGGGAAGGACCCAACAGAACAUUCCCCAGAGGUGAUCCUCAAUAAUUUCACCACUAGACUGGGACACAGCAUUGGACGCCUGUUUGCUGCUCUUUUCCCUCAUGACCCCCAGUUUGUGGGACGCCAAGUAGCCACUUUCCACAAUCAACGAGACUUCAUCUUUUUCCGAUUCCACAGGUACAUCUUUAAGAAUGAGCAAAGAGUGGGCAUUCAAGAGCUUGGACCACGCUUCACUCUGAAACUUCGAUCGUUACAGAAGGGAACCUUUGACUCUAAGUUUGGGGAAUACGAGUGGAUUCUUAAGAGGCAUGAAAAUGAUGUCUGUAGAAGGAGAUUCAACCUUUGAACAGAAGAAGCCUCGCCAUUCUCUACAAUAUAUCAGUUGGCUUGUCUGCUAAUAGAUUUGAGACAUGGAUGGACAAAGUUCUGCAUCGAAACUGGACAGAGACAACAAAGACACAUUGGAUUAAUUUAAACUGAAGAGCUCCAAGAUAUAUGAUGACAUUUUUUGGUAUUGCAUAUUUUGGUAUUGCUCUGUGUUUUGCUUGCUAUACUCAGAGUUUAUAUACAAACUUGAUGUUGAAAAUUGUGGUGGUUUGAACCCUAAAUGGAUUACAGCAGUGGUGUUACAAGACUGAAGCCAAAAAUAGAGGAAUCUCUAUUUGAUUUAUGACUACACCAACCUUUAUUAAUGGAUAAGGAAGUUGACUUUAUUGACUAAUCAGACUAAGUUGGAAUUAUGAUGCUCUUAUGAUGUCUGACAGUGAUCUGUUUGCUUAUUUCCUUAAGCAUAUUCGUCCUCAUCGCAGCUGUCCUUACCUCUUCCGUUAGUAGAAUAUCUUUAUGCUUUACAAAUUCCCCUGUAAUCUGCAGCCAUUGUACUGGGUCUGGAACUCUGGAGAGUUCCGAGUGGUCAAUAAAGUUACGUUGGAAAAAUG